AUGGAAAUAAUACAUAUGCAUGAAGCAAAACUCAAUAAAUUCAUAAUCACUCAACAAAUUCUUCAGAUUUUACAAAGUGUUGCAAUUACAAGCACAAAUCCAGAAAAUCCUUUGUUUGCACUUCCAAUACAUGAAAUAUUAUUUGAAAUCAUAGAUUUCUGCAAAGAUGAUGACGUUACUAUUUAUGUUCUGGAUACUUUAACUGCAAUUUUUACGAAUCCUGUUCUAGGAGCUGACAAAUUAGCAUUUACAAUAGAAAAUUCCAAUUAUAUAGAGUGUGUAUUCUAUCAAUAUGAAGCAGUUAGUAGUUUUAUUGUCAAAGAAAAAUUAAUUAAUUUAUUUUCUUUGGCAAUUCAUUCAUCAAUUGCAAGAGAAACACUUCCCAUUAACAUAGAAUUUUUCAGUAAUGCAUUAUCAACCAUUAUAAAGUCAGGAAACGUCCCUGAUUAUGGAGAUUUAUUUGAUUUAGUAUUUGCUUUAUGUUUGAACGAUACAGUGCUUUUGGUUUAUUGUACAGAUAAUGAUUUCUUAGCAAUAGUUAAUGAACAACUCAAAUAUGGCCUAAAUAGAGCUUCAAUUUCUGCAAUAGCACUGGCAAUUAAAUUUUGUGAGUAUAAUACUGACCUAUGCGAUAAAUUUUUCACACAAGAAGUCCUUGAGAAGGCCAGAUCUUUAGUUUACAACGUUGAAUGUGAUUCUGAUAUGAUAACUAUCUCUAGAUGCUUAGAAUACUAUAGAAAUAAUCAGAAUGAGAUGUUUUUAGAUGUUUUCCUAUUUCCUAUAGCAAAAUACUUUAAAAAUCUUCAACACAGAGCAAUUCGCCAUUUAAUUGUUUUCUUUGGCCAAGCCUUAGAUGAAUUUUUGCAAAGUGAUGUUGCUGAUGAGUAUAAGGUAUCAGUUUUCAGUCAUAUGAUCGAUGAAGUUUUCGAAAUUCCACAAGAACAAACAAUUAUGAUAUUAUUAUCACUUUGCAUACAAUAUGAUAGAAGGAAAUUCUUUGUUCAUCAAGCAUUUAUAGAAGAUGACUUCGAAGAGGCGCUAAUUACGAAUUUACGCUCAGAAAACGAAGAAAUUGCAUCAUUAUGCCAACUUCUGCUUGAUAAAAUGCACGGUGAUUAA